CUGUUGAAGUUAACCAGUUUACAUUGGAAAUUUACGUUUUUGCAUCGGUUCAUUUGGAGCUUCGCUUUAAGUGUUGAAAUGGAGGACUUUGGCAUAUAUGCAGUAUUUGGAGUAGAUGAGCCACCACGGCGUAUUCUGAGCUGUCAAGAUGGGUUUCAUAGGUCAGUUGAGAUCCAGCCUUGUGUCCAGCAGAUUGUUCUGUUCACAAGAGGAGACUGGGGAAAAAGAGACUCUGUUUCAGUGGAACUUGCUGAUGAGAGGAACGUCCCGAUUAUUAUGGGAAAACUAACACCGUUCAAUAAAUGUCUGUCAUGGGAUGCCUGUAAGGAUGGUGUCUGGUCCAAUGGAGCAACCUUAACAGUCAAACUCAUUGAGGGCACUAGUGAUUUGUUGGAUCCAUUGCUGAUUCUGUCACAGAUGGAAUGCACUCCUGAGUGCAACCCCACCGUCUCUGUAACACUCCCAAGCAAGAGGAAGAGAUCACCAGGAGAGGAGGAAGAUGAGAUGGAUGAAGGUCGAGGAAAGGAAAACAUUUGCCCUAACGCUGCAGAAAAAGCAACACCUCACAGACGGGGAAAGAACAAUCCCAGAGGACGACAAACACGUCUGUUCUCUCCAAAAGAAGAGCAAGUGGCUGCCUCUGCAUCUCAAAGCCAUAAAGUUAAAGGCAAGCAGGCCAAAACUUCCUCACAGGCUGCACCAUUAGGCAAGCCAUCAGGCCGUUGGGGUCAGACUGUCUGUCCCAUUGAUCAUCAGACAGCCAUUUUGAUUGGAGGUCAAGGUGCCAAAAAGCAGUUCUGCAAAGAUCCCAUCUGGAAAUUGUGCACAGAGGAUCUAUCCUGGGUACCUGCAGAAACCCUGGCAGAAGGACCCACUCCUGAGGCCCGCAUUGGGCACACCGCAACCUAUGACCCAGAAUCCAAGCGUAUUUUUGUUUUUGGUGGCUCAAAGCAUAAGAAAUGGUUCAAUGACGUCCACAUCCUAGAUACCCAAAGCUGGCGCUGGACUUUGGUGGAGGCACAGGGUAAGGUGCCUCCGCUGGCCUACCACAGCUGCAGUAUGUUCCGGGGAGAGCUCUUCGUGUUUGGGGGAGUGUUUCCUCGCCCCCAUCCAGAGCCAGAUGGCUGCAGUGACUCCAUCUACAUCUUUAACCCUGAAAUGGCCAUCUGGUAUCAACCCAUUGUCAAUGGUGAAAAGCCUGCUCCACGCUCUGGUCACUCCGCAUGUGUGAUGCAGGGGAGGAUUUUUGUGUUUGGAGGAUGGGACACCCCUGUCUGCUUCAAUGACAUGUUCAUGCUAGACCUUGGCUUGAUGGAGUUUUCUGCCAUGAAGACAAGUGGAACAGCCCCCUCUCCCAGAAGCUGGCAUGGCUGUGCUGUUCUCUCAGACCACAGUUUCCUGGUCCAUGGGGGCUACAAUGGGAACCACGCACUGGGUGACGCAUUCCUCUUCAACACAGACACUAGUAGCUGGUCUUCUCUGACUCUGCCCCAGCUGAAUUCUGUACCCCGAACUGGACAUUCUGUCAUUACCAUGCCAACCACAUGCAAAAAGGCAUCUAGAGAUGAGCUGGAGGACUUUUCAGAGUCUUCCCCACAGACACUGCUGGUUUUUGGUGGAGGUGACAAUGAAGGGAGCUUUUUUUCAGACCUUAUAACAACACCAGUGAAGGAGCUAAGACUAGACUAAACUCUUCCGGAUUGAGUUUUAUGCGUAGAAGGCUCUGUGACCACACACUUUUUUUUACAUUACUUUUAUGCUGUGCUUUUUAUGUGUGAGAUGAUGCUUGAGUAUUUAAAUGACCUGAAUCUUAAAUUCAAAUGACCAUAGAGACUUCUGUUCAGUUGUUUGCAUUGUCAUCAUUUAAUUGCAUUUGUUUGUACGCAAACCAUGGGACGUCCCUCAUAUUAUGGCUGUGCUAAAAACGUGUGAAAUAAGCCUGUUAUUAAAAUGAUUAAAGACCAUUAGGAGUAGGCUGUGGUUUAGAGCAAAAGACCCAGGCAGCUUAUGAACCCCCCCACACUCUCGUUCAUUUUUAUUUACACUAUGAGGGAUUCAGAUUUGAUUUCUGAAAAUUGUCUUUAAUGUCUUUUUUUAAUGUAAAUAAAAAUCGUUUGAGUUUUAGCUGUAAAUAUUAUCAAAGCUGUUGACAAUUAAAUAUUUCUUGAAUGA